AUGUUUUUUGCUGGAAAUUUUAUUUUGGGAUUGAAUUUUAGUGGUAGUGGUGGAACAAUUUCACCAACUGUAAUCGAUACGAGAAGAAGCCAACAGCAACAACAAGAGAAUGUUCGUGCAUUCUAUCAACCUGAGAUCAUGUCACGUCGACCACUAUCAAUCAGUCCACAACCGUGGAAGACUCAAGGCCCGAUUAGCCCCAGCAAUCGCGCUGUGCCAGCAUCGGGAAUUCGUUACGGUCAAAGUUUAAGAAGUGAAUCCUAUACGUCGUCAACUACUAAACCGCAGCAGCAGAGUACUGGUGAAUGA